GUCCAGUCUGCCUACGUGGACGGCUCCGCCUGCUACGUACUAUCUGCGGCGCUGGGCUGGAGAAGAGGGCCGCGGCCCCGGCGGCUGCCCCGAGAUGCCGGGCCGCCGCCGCCGCGGCCUCCGACGGGGUCGUCGGGUUCGUGGGCCUCGGCAACAUGGGCUCGCCCAUGGCGGCCAACUUGCUGAAGGCUGGUCGGAAGGUCGUGGCCUUCGACGUGAACGAGGCCGCCGUGGGGGCCCUGGUGGACCGGGGCGCCGCCCGGGCGGAGUCGCCCGCCGCGGUGGCCGCCGCGGCUGGGACGGUGGUCACGAUGCUCCCCUCGAACCCGCACGUGCUGGCGGUCUACCUUGGCGAAAGGGGGCUGCUUGCAGGCGCGGCGCCGGGGGCCUUGCUGGUAGACUGCUCCACCUGCGAGCCCUCCGUCUCCAAGGAGGUGGCCGCGGCAGCGGCCGAGAAGGGCCUCACCUACAUGGACGCGCCCGUCUCCGGCGGCACGCCCGGGGCCGAGGCCGCCACCCUGACCUUCAUGGUCGGCGGCCCGGAGGAGCAGUUCCGGGAGGCGGAGCUGCUCCUCAGCCACAUGGGCAGGAAGGUGGUCCACUGUGGCGGCGUGGGCAUGGGCCAGGCGGCCAAGCUGUGCAACAACCUGGUCCUGGGCAUCUCCAUGGCGGCCGUGUGCGAGGGCCACGCUUUGGCGGACCGCCUUGGCCUGGAUCAGAAGAAGCUGGCGGACAUCCUCAACACAAGCUCGGGGAGGUGCUGGAGCAGCGACACCUACAACCCCUGUCCCGGGGUCAUGGAGGGGGUUCCAUCCUCCCGCGGCUACACGGGCGGCUUCGCGUGUGAUCUUAUGAUCAAGGAGACCUCGGCCUCGCCAACGCCGCCGCUCUGUCGGUGCAGCCCCGGCUGGGGCUGCCGAUGGCAGGAGCCUGGCCUUGCAGCUGUACUCCCUCAUGAGCUCCCACGGCGCGGGGCCGAGGACUUCUCGGGCCUGUACGAGUUCAUUGCCGAGAGUCACAAGGCGAGCGGCAGUGGCAAGUGAUGUGGACGCACGCUGUGGCUGUCGCCUUGGCGGCCUCUCUGCUCGAGAGCACGCGGCCGGGCGAGCCAAAACCUCCGCCACCCCUCCGAGCGUCGCCGAAGUCUGGGGCUCGGCCCCCCUGCGCGCACCCUGCGCGCCACUCUGCAGGCUGCCGUGGGCCUCUCUCCAGUUCCGGCAGGGCCCGGCCGGGUCGCCCGGGCUGCGGAGGCGCACGCGUUUGCAGGCACGUUUUUUCGCGGUCUGUCGGGAGGGGCGCGGGCCUCUCGCGGCGUCUGCCGGGACCGAGGGCCUUCGGCGGCCAUCGGCGGCCCUCUCUGCGCACGGGCUCGGGGCCAAGAUGGAGGGUUUCUCCGAAGGGCUUAGGCGACCCGUCCUCCUCCUCCUCCUCCUCCUCCUCCUCCUCCUCCUCCUCUC